AUGGCUCCCAUCACUGAAUUCUCCAAGCGCACACAACCCGAUACUAUCGUUCUCUUUGACGUGGACGGCACCUUGACUCCUGCUCGUGGUAGCGUUUCCCAGGAGAUGCUUGACACCUUGGCCGAAUUGCGCAAGAAGGUUGUCAUUGGUUUCGUUGGUGGAUCCGAUUUGAGCAAGCAAGUUGAACAGCUUGGUGCCAACGUGACCCAGGAUUUUGAUUACUGCUUCGCUGAAAAUGGUUUGACUGCCUAUCGCCUUGGUGAGCAGAUGGCAUCCCAGAGCUUCAUUGAAUGGAUCGGUGAUGAAGAAUACAACAAGCUUGUCAACUUUAUCUUGCGUUACAUUGCUGAUAUGGAUCUCCCAAAGAAGCGUGGUACCUUUAUUGAAUUCCGUAAUGGCAUGAUCAACGUAUCACCUAUUGGCCGUAACUGCUCCCGUGAAGAACGCAACGAAUUUGAAAAGUAUGAUCUUGAACGUGGUUUGCGACGCAAGUUUGUCGAGGAUUUGAAGGCUGCUUUCUCUCAUUUGGACUUGACCUAUUCCAUUGGUGGCCAAAUUUCCUUUGACGUUUUCCCCACCGGCUGGGACAAGACCUACUGCUUACGCCAUUUGGAAAAGGAAGGUUUCAAGACCAUUCACUUCUUUGGUGAUAAGACUUUCAAGGGUGGUAACGACUAUGAAAUCUACAACCAUCCUGAUGUCACUGGCCACGCAGUGACUCGUCCUGAGGAUACCAUCGCCAUCUUGAAGGAGCUCUUCCCUUAA